UCUCCGCCCCUUUGUGCUAAAACAUUGUUUGCCGACAAAAAAGAUGGCGGCUGGACCCGCGUAAAUUGGAUAUGCCAUUGAGGGCACUAAUGUACUUCAUGUUGACCACCAAAUCCCAAGACAAGUACAGAAGAAACCAUGGCUUAUGAGGAAUUAAAAGAUAUGGGGGCUGACGGAGGAGGACUUGUGGCCGGUCGUAGUCAGAGAGAGAAGAGGAGGUCGUACAAGGAUCUAUUACGAGAGGAGGAGGAAAUUGCUGCUGAGGUCCGAAAGUCCUCAAAGAAACGUCCGAAGGAUUCAGAAUUUUUUAUGAUGAGCAGAGACAUGCACAAGAAGAAGAAGAAGCAUAGUGAUGACUACUACUACAUGGACCACGAAGGUUCAGCUCCACCUUCCCAUAAGAAAAAGCACAAGUCUGUCGACCGAUCACCGCCUCUUUCUUCCCCUUCAUCGUCACAUUCGACAGACACAGCGAUGGGCCUCCUGCAGGCCAUCACCUCUCCCAUGGCCACCGGUUCAGACCCCAGCCCCCACCUGCACAAGAAACCGUCCUAUCCGUCUUUUUCCUCUCACUCCUCCAAGGAGCGCAAACGUGAGAGUGGCAGCAGCGGUGGAGGUGGAGGCAAAGGCAGCCAUUCUGCCUCGCUGUCCCGCCCCAUGUCCUCAUCUUCAUCUUCGUUCAAAAAGCACUCAUCCUCUUCCUCGAAGUCGUCUCUCUUUCACGGCGGAGCUCCCAAAGAGGAGCCGCUGACUUUACGGGAGGCUGACGGGCUGAAAAUGAAGCUCAUCAUGUCGCCAGAGAAAGAGGAACCGGAGAGCUUCCCGGUAACGUCACACUCAUCCAAAAGUGGUGGAAAGAAAGAGAGAGAUAGAGAGAGGAUGCAGCAGACAAAGCCACCUAAGAAGAAGCUGCAGCAGAACAGAGACCCACUGCCUGUAGUAGGGAAGGAGGUGGAGGUAGAAGGCCAUUAUGGAGGUGGCAUGGGGGAUGACAGCUCUUCAUCUGGGGGGGAACUGGAGGCUGGUGAACUGGUUAUAGAUGAUUCAUAUACCCACUUGUCGAAGAAGAAAAAGAAGAGCAAGAAAAGCAAGAAGAAAAAGGACAAAGAAAAAGACCGAGACAAGGACAAAAGUGGGAAGGACAAGAAACACAGCAAAGGAUUUGGUGACUCAUCCCGAAGCCACAGCCACUCCCAUGCUACUGUCACUCACAGUGCUGUUGGUCCGAUGUACGCCAUGAGCAAACCCAUCACUCCUCAUCACAUCAGCAGUGAUGGAGCUACAGAGAAGAAGAAGAAGAAAGAGGAUAAAGACAGAGAAAAGCACGAGAAGGAGAAAGAUAAGGCCAAGAGGAAGACCACAACAGCCUAUCAGGUGUUUUGUAAAGAGUACAGGGUCAACAUAAAUGCUGAACAACCAGGAUUAGAUUUCGGCGAGCUGAGCAGGAAGUUGGCAGAGGUGUGGAAGGCCAUGCCAGAGAAGGACAAACUAGUGUGGAGGCAGAAAGCUCAGUAUCUGCAGCACAAACAGAACAAAGCUGAGGCCACCACAAUAAAACACAAGACCACCAACGAUAGCAAAAGCAAAGUCAUAGGAACUGCAGCAGGAGUUGUAUCACCAACCAGAGCUCCCGGCACCAUGUCCCUGUCUCCGGCUCGAGUGCCAGACGUGGACCCCAUCGACGCGGCGGCUCACCUGCAGCUGCUCGGAGAGUCCUUGUCUCUGAUUGGCCAUCGACUGCAGGAGACAGAAGGGAUGGUGGCGGUCUCUGGGAGUUUGUCUGUCCUUCUGGACUCCAUCUUGUGCGCACUGGGCCCGUUGACCUGUCUCACAGCACAGAUACCACAGUUAAAUGGAUGUCCUCGAAACGUCUUGUCAAACACAUUGGACAACAUCGCCUACAUCAUGCCUGGACUGUGAGUAAAGGACAAGCCUGAAUAUGGAGGAAUACAGUGCUGUUCUUCUUUUGGCUGCUCCCUGCUUUAGGGGUCUCCACAGUGAGCGAACUCGCAUAAAAGAUCUGGCACUUGUUUUAUGCUGGCUACUGCUUUGAUGCUACCUGGGCUUGAACUUGCAGAGCCACAAGACUACAAGACCCCAGCACUGACCACAGGGCUACCACAGCCCCCAAUAUGGAGGAAUACAAAAUCAAAAGUAAAAAAAAAACUAAUAAUAAUGUAAAUAUUGACUGCAGGGGUCUGUUACCAGAGAGACCUCAGGACUUCAAACCUCUUAAUAUUUUUAGGUGUCAUGUUUUUAAAACGUGUUUUUAGGAAUAAAAAAAGUUUAAUUUUAUAAUUGCUGUGUUUUUAAAAACCUAACAUUUUACUGAACAUGGUGAUCUUUGCGUCACAUCAGCUUGGUUCUGCUGUUUCUGUACAGCUGUGGGUUUUAUGAAUGAUUGUAUUGGAUGAAUGUGUAUUUGUCUGCAAACACCUAAAGCUAGGGAAUUUCUCACAUCUUGUUUUUCUUUUACCAUGUCUAAAGUAUUUGUUUUGUAUGUUUUUUAUCACCAUCUGUUAAGCAUUUAGGGUAAACUAUGUGAAGACAUUUAAACAUGAUGAAGAAAAAACAAUUAUUGGUGCAACUUUGUCAAAAGAAUGGCUUCUAUCAGUUUGCCAUCAGUUUAAAACUGAACAGUAGGACAUCUGCUACAAUAAAAGAUUUGUUUUAAUAUCCCUGCUUCACCAUA